UGUUAUCAAUAGUGUCUACACAUUUGAUGUAGAAAGUGUUUUUGCUUAAACAAAGUAUGUUGAUGUUUUGCUUAAACACUUAAGUACACUUUAAGUACUCUGUGAUGUUGUGGAAAAAAAAUUUGAAGUAAUUUUGCUCACUGGGGGUAGAAGACUUUUCAGUACUUCCAUUUUUAAAAGUUGCAAGCUGCUGUGGAAUUAAAUGCUGAAAAACUAUUAAAAAUUAUGGACAGUUAAAAGCUGCAGGAAGUAUUUAUUAUGCUUGAAAAUGGGCAUUUUGAGUAGUGACUGUAAAUGUGUUCCAUUUCUGAGCAGCCUAAUUUAUGGAAGCUCUGCCUUCAUUCAUACAAGACUACAAACAGGAUAGAUUACAAAGUGACCAACCAAUGCAGCUGUUAGUGAAAUCCUAGAGAGUAUUGGCCUGAUUAGUUAUCAACAAGCUGGAUCAGUGCCAUUUCAAGGGAUUAGAAAUGAAAAAUAUUUUGAAAAUAAAUUACACGCCUUAAAAGAAUGCACAGAAAGAUAUUUAAAUGAAAGUAAAAUAUUAACGAUUUAAAGAAGCAGUGGACUGCAUCAUGGGAAUAAAUAUAAUUUGAUAGGUGAUGAUAUAUAGAGUUAUGCUAAUCCAUUUUAGGAAAAAUAAAGGCAUAUAUAGAAGGAAUGAGAAAUAUCUCUUGGCUCUCUGUGAACAUGUUUCUACACUUGAAGGGUAGUUCUGACUAACCUUGAAUGUUGUACAUGUCAAUUUAGCUUUCUCUGUCAUAGCUGUUUGAAUGUGUUGUUUUUGAAGUUUCACAUUGUGUUUCUACUGCAGUGCAUAUGAGUGUCCUCCACUUUCUUUUCUCUAAAUUUAUAGAGUUGUAUUAUGUAGGGUGCAUGGAAGUGUGAGAGAUUAAUGUCCUUUUAAAUAAACCUGUGAACAAACAGGCUUAAUUAAAAUUUAUAAAAUUUUCCACCCAGAACCUUUUCUUUACCACUAGAAAGGAAAAGUUGGUGUUUGAUCUUUCAUGCAUGAAUAUUGUUUGAACAUUUAAAAUCACAGAUAUGCUGGCUGGAAGGCACUUCUGAGCAUCAUCCAGUCAGAAUUUGUGCUUGGAGCAGGACACUUGUUCACACUGGAUUAAGCCAGUCCCAGGAACAGUGAUUCUGAAGACUGCCUGAUCAUCAUGGCUCAUGCUACUAUUUAUGUGGGUUGCAUUGCUCCUCAAUUACUGAGAGGUGCUCAGAGCAGAAUUUUUCCCUCUCAUUCUCCAUUGGGGGUGUUGAGACACUCUGCUUUUUGUUACUGCACAGGGAACGGCACAAUAAAAUCAAAAAGGAAAAUGGAUCAUCUAGAGAGGACAGCAAAUAAUUUUCGACAGGAGGUAAUUACACAAGCAAAAGUGUGUGGGAUCACCGAUGAAUCAGAGACAGUCAAAAGGCUUUGUUUGGCAAUUGCAAAUAAGGAUUUUACUUUCAAAGCAGGACAAUGGGUUGAUUUCUUUAUUCCUGGAGUAUCUGUAGUUGGGGGAUUCUCAAUAUGUUCAAGCCCUGGCCUGUUAGAACGAGAAGGAAUACUAGAGCUGGCAGUAAAGCACAGUGUUCAUCCUCCUGCUCACUGGAUUCACACUGAGUGUACUCUUGACUCAGAAGUGGCCCUGCGAGUGGGAGGUGAUUUCUUCUUUGAUCCUCAGCCUGGUGACUCCCCAGUAAACCUAGUGCUGAUAGCAGGGGGUGUUGGAAUUAACCCAUUGUUUUCUAUACUGCUGCAUAUAGCAGAUCUUCAUGGAUACCAAGAGGGUAAAGGAAAUAGACCCAAAUUGGGAACAGCGAAGCUGUACUACAGUGCAAAAAAUACGAGCGAACUCUUAUUUAAGAAAAAUAUUCUUGGUUUGAUGAAGGCGUUUCCUGGAAAGAUCACAUGUUGUUUCCACGUCACCCAGCAGCGCUCACAGAUCUGUAAAGAACUGCAGCCACACAUUACAGAGGGAAGAAUAUCUGAAAAGGAUCUAGAGAAACACAUCUCUAAUGAUACUUCAUGGUACAUCUGUGGUCCCCCUCCAAUGAUAGAAUCUAUAUCCAAACUACUCACUAACAUUGGUGUUCCUAGAAACCGUGUUUUCUUUGAGAAAUGGUGGUAGUGACACCUGCUGAAGAGAAAAUUAUAGUAUUUUUUCCAGUGCAUUUUGAUAAAAUGUACAGAAAUGGACUAUGAAUUAUUUUGAAGAUUUUAAUGAAGAUGUCAUCAAUGAUUAACUGUAAUACACCUGUAAUACAGUGCUGCUGCUUUGGGGGAAAGAAAAGUGAUUUUAUAUUAAAGACAUUAACUGUUCUGGUUUUUUUUUGAUGGUUUGCCUUUUCUUAUGCGUAGCAGCAUCUUUUCACUUUAUAUACUUGCCCUGUUAGUCAGCUUUUAAAAGACUUUUUCAGUGUCUGAUUCAGCACUUGUAGAGAAUUAGUUGUGCAGCAAUGCCAGAUAUGUUUGUAAGGAUAAUUCAGGCCACAACCUCUGAAUCUGCUCCAAAUGAGUCAACACACUUCCCCCACAGUUCUAUAUAAUGUAUUUACUAUUUUUAUAGAAG